CCAAAAAAUGGCGCAGGAGACGGAAACUACUCAAUUGCACAUUCGCCUUAGUCGUCACAAUUCACAUUUUGGCAACUCCGUUUUCAGCCAUCGCCGAGAGAAAAAAUAAUAAUUUCAAAAGCGCUUCCUCCACGAUCUGGUUGCCGGAGGAGGCGAUUUUUUGAAUGAAGAGUUCACCUGAAUUUUCUCGAAAUGGCUGAAUCGACGACAAUUCAGAGGAGCUCGCCUGAAGGUGAUGAUCAUGAACUGAAGGAGGAGAAUAUUGAGAAGAAAAAGGAUUUUACUGCAAAUCCUGAGUUCUUCAGUUGUAUGCUUCAGCCAGCGCCUGCCGAUUCAGAUCCAAAUUACAUUGGAAUUCGCCGGUUCCUCCUUCAUCGCAAAGCUGAAUCCGGUGUGCUUCGUCGCAAGGACUGGAGAUGCAAUGGAAAAGGAUACGUAGCUUAUCGUAAUUAUAUUAGUAGGCCAAGGAAUUGGGAGACGUUGCAAAUACCAAGCCGACCAAGUACCCCAGGGAACAGUGGGCGAUGGAUGCCUUCAGCAAGUCCAGUUUCCCAGUUACUCGAGUCAGAUAGCUGGAAUUCCUUAAAGGAUUUACGAAGUCCCAGUCAAGCAAGUCAAGCAUUGAGUCGGACUACUAGUUUCAGUUCUAAUGCGAGUGACACUGAUGAUCGGCCACGUAGAAGGUCGGAACCUGCAUAUUCCUUUGUGGGGAUGCAUUGCAUUUUUGACCAAUGCAAGGCCAUGGUUACGGUUAUAAAGUUUGGGCAUAUGAGUUCUGAUCUACUUGCAUAUGGAGCAACCGAUGGCAGUUUGACAGUAUGCAGUGUCUCCAUGCCCCCUUCAGUCAUUAAGCAGUUAAUAGGGCAUUCAAAAGAUGUCACAGAUUUUGACUUCUCCACAAACAAUCAGUACAUUGCAUCAUCUUCAAUGGAUAAAACUGUCAGAGUAUGGGAUAUUUCUAGAGGCCUUUGCAUUAGGGUGAUUUAUGGAGUCUCUUCACAGCUUUGUAUUCGAUUUCAUCCUGUGAACAACAACUUUCUUUCUGCUGGCAAUGCAAAAAAAGAAAUAAAUGUGUUCAAUUUUAGCACGGGGAGAACGAUCAGUACAACUGUGGUCGAUGGCGAAGUCACUGCCAUGGACCAUGACCACACUGGUCAGUUUAUUUUCUGCGGUGAUAGUCAGGGAUGUAUUUACACAGUUAGUAUGAACUCCCAUACAGGUGCACUAUCUCGAACUCAUCGGAAUAGAAGUAGCAGUAAGCAUAGAUCUGCUGUUACAACUGUUGAGUACAGGACAUUUUCUCUGCUGGCACGGGGCCCUGUCUUGCUGGCUUUUACUCGUGACGGAAGUUUGUCGUUUUUCAGCGUCUCUUUGGAGAUGAAAGGUUAUUUGACACUCCGGUGCUCACUGAAGCUGGCUCCACGGCUACACAGCAUUCGUGCUUCUUUCUGUCCUUUACUUUCCCUUGAAAAGGGAGAAUACAUAGUUGCUGGAAGUGAAGAUGCAAAUGUUUACUUCUAUGAUUUAACUCGGCCAAGGAAUACAUGUGUUAACAAACUUCAGGGUCAUGGCUAUCCAGUAAUAGGUAUUGCUUGGAAUCAUGGAGAGAAUUUGUUAGCUUCCUCUGAUUUUGGCGGCACCGUCAUUGUAUGGAAGAGAGCAAAAACAGCUUAACAUCAAUGCAGAUCUGAGCUAAAAGCAGUUUGCAUGCAGUUGAUCUGUUCGAUUCUGGCGUGGAAUCUGUGAGGAUUGUAAUUUUCUAUACAGGCAUAUCAGUUUAGCUAUCUGAAAGUUUUUUAGGAGACUUGAAAAGUGUGACAUCAGGGAGCUUUUGCAUACUGAUUGCACAAUUGUAUCUCAUUUUUUCACUGACUUUGUACAAUGUAUUUGAUGUCAGUGAAUUACAUAAUUUCUUCAGUAAAAAACGCCCUAUCUAUCAAGACAUGUUAGAUGCCUUUCCAAUUCAAA